CGGAUCGACUCUCGGAACAGUCUCGGUCUCGCGUUGGGUUCUGUUCUCCACUCGCUUCUCCCAGCACCGAACAGUGGGGGAGGAUCAUCGGUAGCCAUUGUGUUCUUGUUCUGCUUUUUUCUUGUCCUUUUGUCUUCUUACUUUCAUUGUUGGACCGGUUCCGAGGUGGGCAUUAAGCAGACACCAUGAGCGCAAGACCAAACCAACGAAACAUUAAAUGGGUUGAGGGCCUCCGAGGUAUUACCUCCGUCCUCGUCAUCGCCACCCACAUCGCGAGAGCCCUCGACUUCCCCUUGUUUUGGCCCGCCGACUACAAAAAUGGGCCCCCCAGGCUGCUACAAUAUCCGUACCUGCGGAUACCGUGGCAGGGCCGUAUCGGCGUGCCCAUCUUCGCCUUCUUGACGGGCUUCGUGUGCGCCUACAAGCCGGUCAAGCUCGCGUACCAACAAAACAACGCCCCCGCGGCCCUCAAGUCGGUCGCCCGCAGCGCCUUCCGCCGCCCGCCGAGGCUCAUCCUGCCGGCCCUGAUCGCGACCUUUAUCAGCUUCGUCAUGUCGAGCUUGGGCGCUUACACGGCGGCGAACCGCUGUGACAGCCAUUGGGUGCGUUUCGACGCGCCGGAUCCCGAGCCGUUUGGGGAGAACCUCAAGAGGUUGAUCAAUACAUCCGUCACGACGUGGACAAACACGGAAAACCUAUUCGAUAGACACCAGUGGGCAAUGCGCCCGCUGCUGAUCGGUGCUUUCCAGGUCUACAUCGUGCUGGCGGCCACUAUCGGGAUGCGGUUCAAGUAUCGGAUGCUGGUGCAUGUUUUGAUGGUCUUCUACUGGCUGGUCAACGUCAGUCCCCUGACAGAAACGUUCGGCGCCAUGCUCACCCUCGGUACCCUUCUGGCUGAGCUGUCGCAGCACCGUCCUACCCAAAACUUCAUCUCCAACCACCAACGGCUGUGCACCUACGUUCUCGCCCCGCUCAUCUUCCUCAUCGGCGGCUACAUCGGGUCCUACCCGGCCGAGCACGAGGACUGGGCGCCGUGGUCGCUGAGCCUACACCGCUUCCUCAACAACCCGGUCGACGGCCGCCGCAACGGCAGCAUCCUCGUCCCGCGCGGCACCGACCCGCUCCGGCGCUCGUCGGCCUUCUUCAUCAUGUGCACGGCGAUCUCGCUCUUCCUGUCCCCGCUGUUCCAGAAGGCGCUCUCGCACCGCGUGCUGAUCUGGCUCGGCCACCACUCGUUCGCCGUCUACCUCACGCACGGCACCAUCCUGCGCACGGUCGGCAUGUGGAUCGUCUACGGCAUCAGCGGCGAGCCCUGGACGCCCGCGGGCAAGAACCCCGACGGCUCCCAGCAGGAGCAGGUGUGGCUCAAGCCCAAGGGCCGCCCCCACAAGAUGGCCGCCAUCCUGGUCUUCACCGUCCUCACCUACACCGCCGCCUGGGCCUGGAUGAAGUGGGUCGACACCGCCUGCGCGCGGGCCACCCAGUGGCUGGAGAAGAAGGUGUUCGAGGACGAGGACGCCGUCGGAGAGGGCAAGGACGGCAUGGCGGAGAAGGGGCUCGGCCACAACCGCGGCCACAGCCGCGCCCACAGCCGUGCCUUCUCCAACGGCGGCCCCCAGCUGCCCAGGCACCACGACGGUGAGCGGUCGCAGCCGCCGCCUUAAGCCUACUUGGGCUGGACAGGUGAAAAUCCAGACUGGGCAGCGACCGGGCCCGCCGCUGAUGUCGGACUCGAAAACAACGAUUUAAUACCCUUUCCAUUUGUCGUAAUG